ACACUCAGAGAGAGAGAUGGAGGGAGGAGGCCGGGUCUCGUGGAUGAAGUACGGGCCUGUCGUGUCCCUGUGUGUGGUGGUCUUGGCCUUCUGGUUCCGGUCCCCUCAGGACGAUGUCCUGGUCGACCGGCUGGACGCCGUCCUGUCCUCUCUGCUCCGCGCGGAGGGCAAAGUCGGGAUGAAUGACGUCGCCAGACCGAGAGUGGCCGUCGGUUUUGGAGGUUGUGUUGACCUGAUAGUUGAUGGGGUAUCGUUGCUUAAUAAGAUCGGCCUCCCUCCUACAGACCAGCCCCUACACCAUGACUACAUAGAAAAUGAAGUGCAGCUGGCUCAGAGCUUUGCCUACUUCUUUGCACCAGGAGCUGCUGCAGAGCGUUUUGUGCUGAAUGAUACCCUAUUCAGUGAGCUGGUUGAAGCGUCCCGUGACCUACCUGGAAACAGAUGGGCAGUCGGCGGCAAUGCCCCAGUAAUGGCUGCUCGCAUGGCAACCGAGGGAUGUGAUAUUUUGCUAGGAGGAAGUUUCAGCCCCGAUUUUACUGACGUCCUGUCCCAGCACAUUACAGUGGCGGGUAACAUAGUUGAAGAGCCAGACAUUCAUCUGAUCCUGGAGUAUCCAUCGGGUGCUAGCUGGGGUCACUAUACCUCACGUAGGGCCAACAGAUAUAUCGUCCACAGCGAUGACCAUAACCCCUACCUGGACUCCAUGGCAGCGUUUGCUGAGAAACUCAUAGACUUCGAACCAGAUUUGCUGGUGGUGGGUGGGCUGCAAAUGAUGGAUAACUUCCCCUUCCAAGCAGGUGAGCGGGACGCUCUCUUCUCCCGCCUGUCAGACCUCCUGUCCUCCUCGUCUCCACAGAUUGGAGUCCAUUUUGAGAUGGCCAGUUUUGUAGAAGAGAGUAUAAUGGAAGACCUACUUUACUAUGUCAUUCCCCAUGCGGACUCUUUAGGGAUGAAUGAACAGGAGCUUCCCAACCUGCUCAGCCUGCUUAAAGGCUCCAACAUCACCGUGUUGUCGGACCCCAACCCUCGUGUAGCUACAGUCCUUGACCAGAUGAGGGAGGUCUAUCGCAUUGUGAACCAGCGCUCCAAGGACGGCGAGAGUGACACACAUGGUGCCAAAGCUAAGCCGCUGACUCGGCUCCAUGUCCACACGCUGGCCUUUCAGGCCAUUAUUGUGACACGCGGCUCCCAGUGGAAGAACACCAUGUCGGCCACGGCCAAGGCCUCUCUCACAGCUAACCGCCAUGUCUGUGGCUCUAACAGCAUUGACCCCAGCAAGGCGAGGCUCAUCAUGGACGACUCCUUCUCUGUUAGCCGGCGGGAAGGCAGCCAGCGUAUCCCUCUGCAGGAGAGCAGGCCGGUCAGCUGCUGGGAUGAGGAGGACUACGAGAUCUGUGUAGCACCCGUGCUGGUGUGCACUGAGGUUUACCAAACUGCAGGUGGAGGAGACAACAUCUCAGCUGCUGGCCUGGUGCUGCAGAUCUAGAGAAGGACACUUUAUGGUCUAUCUGUGUGUAGUGCUAACUGCAUGUUGGCACAGCGUGACUCUGGAAACGGGAUCUAGGUGUGAUGCAAGCACGGGUACUGAUUGUGAAAGUAAUCAGGCUAAUGCGUCAGCUCACGGCCCAGGUGGACCAUAAGGAAAACUUAUUAUCAUUCAAAGGAGUCAGAUGGUGGGCUGCAGUGGUUGUUAAUCAGGUAAAUCACCAGAUUUAAAAUAUAUGGGCUCAGUGUAAAGCCCGUUUGCAUCCAGUUUAUUUGAUUUUUAGAACCAAAACUUCAGAAAAAGGCUCUGCCCUUCUCUGCCCUACUUUGAUUUAACACACCAAACAUCUUUACCAAGUCACUCCUGUCCAUCAUUUCACUCCUGUCCUCCUCUACUUCUCUAAGGCAUUACAAGACUUUACCUUCAGUCAGGAUUAGAUAAACAGCGAUGAAGUUUGUGUAAAGUCUGUAAAAAAUCAAGUUGUGUUCAGGUUAGUAGCCGACCAGUCUGCUACAACUUCAGCUGUAGGAUAAAUCUUUGUCGUUUAAACAAGUGACUCCACUAUGCAGCACAUUUAUCCAGAGUUGGGUAAUUACUGAAAAUGCUGAGUCUUCUGUUUCUGGGGAGCACGUUUAUCAGGUGUCACAUAUUUUAAAUCUAGAGCUCCAACCAGUAAACAAGGCUUUCAGCCACACUUGCCUUGCAGCAUAUUUGUUUUCAACCAGAAAAGUCAGCGACCUGUCAGCAGUGGUGGAAAGUAACUUUUACUUUUUACAUUUACUCAAGUACUGUACUUAAGUACAAAUGUUGAGGUACUUUUGCUUAUUUCCUCUCUCUGCUACUUUAUACUUCUACUUAACUACAUUUUGGAGGGAAUUGCUGUACUUGUAACUCCGCUACAUUUGCAAGAUUACUUAAAUUACUUUUCAGAUUUAAUUAUUAAUACAAUAAUAAUAAUAAUUACCUGCUGCAACAUAAAAAAAAGACAAAUUAAUGAAACUAAUUGCAAUUCAGUGAUUUAAUAUAUAUGAUUGCCAUUCUGCAUAAUGAAUACUUUUUCUUUAGAUACUGCAGGUAUAUUUUGAUGCAAAUACUGCAAAAAUACUUCUUCCACCACUGUUUGUCAGGUUUGAACUAAAGAUCUGAACCUUUGUUUAAUUGAAAGGUAAUGAGCAAAUAAAAAAGGCAAAGAAAGAUUUAAAGUAGUGAGCUAGUGUUGUAGUGUAUGGCCUCCUGUUCUUCCUAAUAUAUGUGAAAAAUGUCUAUUCUGGUUUGGGUGUGUUUGAUUUGUUUUUAGAUUGACAUUCCUCUGUGUGUCCGUUGCAGUGCAAUAAUGCAAAACAAAGUUAAGAGACCACUGCUGGUAGCUGAAUAUGAUGUCAAAAUGUUCCUUUCUACCACCAUGCUGUUUUUGUUUCUCCCCUUUCACUCUUUUCUCUGUUACUUUGUUAAUUAUUUUAUCUCUCAUAUCUCUUCUUGUUUGUUUGUUUCUUUAAGGACCAAAUAACCAAUGUGGACUGCCUCAAGUUCUUAUAUGAUAUUGCUGCAUAAAGUGAAAUACAAUUUCAUCUCUAGUUUUAGUUUUGUUUGUUUUUGAAAGCUGACCUAAAGCUUCGUUGAUGCUUACCAUGAAUUCCCUUUAUCUGUGAAUAAGUAAUAAAUAAAUAUUGGACCACACAGUAAAGAUAUUAGUGUUCAUCUUACAUGUCGUAGAAGUCAAUGCCAAAUAACUCCCCUAAUGAGAUCAUCUAUAAAUGAAAAUAGGGGCUCUGCCUCUGAUUGGCCAUCAACUCCCAUUUCAAUGUUUUCAGGGACGAAAUAAUUUAUAUUUUAAAACUGAAUGCGACUACACUUAAAUGGGAAUUAUGCCAUUUUUCUCACUAAUUAUAAAUCAAAUAUUCCAUCACAAACCCAAUUUCUCCAUACAACAUACUUUUAAUUUUUACUUGAUUACAGGGUUUAAUUUAUUUAUUUGUUUAUUAAAACAUGCUUGUCAAAGCCCCUUUUUCACUGAGGAACACAUUUAUUCAUGUUACAAUCCAUCAAGUGUGAACUAAAGAAAUCCAUCAAAAUGUUUCCUCUUUGUCUCAACACUGUACUGAUGGAACACUGUUGUUUGAAAAUGCUGAAAUUAAAUGAGCCUUAUUCUGUUUUGAUUUUUGGUGUUUAGUGAAAAGGGAAUAUUUAAUACAGACUAUGUCUAUUUCUGUAGGCUUUUUUUUUUUAGAGUUUUUUUGUCUUACACUGUUUGGAAGACGAGUAACGGGUUGUGUUUUUACUGUGAAAUGAAACUGUUAAAACCAAAACUUCAACAUGCAUUCAUGUUCGGAUAGAGACCUGCUUAUGUUUGCUACCAUAUCAUAUACUUUAGAUAAGUCAUGUCAUCCAUGUACCAAAGCUGUGUUUGAAUGUUUCUUGCAUGUUAACUAUUCAAUGCACAGUCACUUGAGAUAAAAU